AUGGGCCCUGUCAGCAGUAUCUUCUGCGAUGCUCUAAUUAUACUUUUUUUCAUUUCAGUGUGUGCAGAAGCUUACAAUCCUGAUGAGGAAGAGGACGACGCAGAAUCUAGGAUUAUUCACCCUAAAACAGAUGAUCAAAGAAACAGACUGCAGGAGGCAUGCAAGGACAUUCUUCUUUUUAAGAACCUAGAUCCGGAACAGAUGUCUCAGGUGUUAGAUGCGAUGUUUGAAAAGCUGGUUGAAGGAGGGGAACAUGUCAUUGAUCAAGGGGAUGAUGGUGACAACUUCUACGUCAUUGAUAGAGGUACAUAUGAUAUUUAUGUAAAAUGUGAUGGUGUUGGGAGGUGUGUUGGAACCUAUGAUAACCGAGGAAGUUUUGGUGAGUUGGCCUUAAUGUACAAUACACCCAGAGCAGCUACAAUUAUAGCUACCUCUCCUGGUGCCAUCUGGGGUUUGGACAGGGUAACAUUCCGAAGAAUCAUUGUAAAAAAUAAUGCCAAAAAGAGAAGAAUGUAUGAAAAUUUUAUUGAGUCAUUGCCAUUCCUUAAAUCUUUAGAAAUGUCUGAGCGUUUAAAAGUGGUUGAUGUUAUUGGCACCAAAGUGUACAAAGAUGGAGAACAAAUCAUUGCUCAGGGUGACUUGGCUGAUUCUUUCUUCAUUGUGGAAUCUGGAGAAGUAAGGAUUAUAAUGACAAGGAAGGGUAAACAAGAUGUAGAAGAGAACGGAGCAGUUGAAAUAGCUCGAUGCUCACGAGGACAAUAUUUUGGAGAACUUGCUCUUGUAACUAACAAACCACGAGCCGCUUCUGCAUUUGCUCUUGGCACUGUCAAAUGUUUAGUUAUGGAUGUGCAGGCAUUUGAAAGGCUUUUGGGACCUUGUAUGGAAAUUCUGAAAAGAAACAUUGCAAACUAUGAAGAGCAGCUAGUUGCUCUGUUUGGAACAAACAUGGACAUUGCCGAUCCCAGUGCAUGAACUAAACAUUGGAGCAGCAAGAUCUGUUAUGAGAAUAUAGCACAGUAGUGGUUAGUCCACUGAGAAAUUGUCUCUCUUCCUAUAGAUGCCAAGCAUUUUCUGUGAUUUUAAGAGUGGGUUUGGGGGUAUUUUUUGG